AUGGCCCUCGUAGCCAAAUUGCAGAGACGGCGUUCUACCACCGUGGAAGAGGACUCCCUGAUCAUGAAGCUGAACGGAACGCAGCACGAUGCGGUCCUGGACUACUACGGGCGCCGGCUAGCGACGUGCUCGUCGGACAAGACAAUCAAGAUAUUCGAGGUAGAGGGCGAGUCGCAUAGGCUCACUGAGACACUGAAAGGCCACGAAGGCGCCGUCUGGUGCGUAUCAUGGGCCCACCCCAAAUACGGCUCCAUCCUGGCCUCGGCCUCCUACGACGGCAAAGUCUUCAUCUGGCGCGAGCAAAACGCCGUCUGGCAGCGCAUCUUCGUCUUCGAGCACCACACGGCCUCGGUCAACCUCGUCGCGUGGGCGCCCCACGAGGCCGGCUGCCUGCUGGCCUGCGCCUCCUCGGACAGCAACGUCAGCGUGCUCGAGUUCAAGAACAACACGUGGGAGCAUCAGCUCAUCCAGGCGCACGGGACGGGCGUCAACGCCGUCAGCUGGGCGCCGGCGAUUGCGCCGGGGGCCAUGCUCGCGGGGAGCGGCGGCGCGGGAGGCGCGUCUGCGGCGGGGGGGCUGAGGCGGUUCGUGACGGGGGGGAGUGAUUGCAUGGUUAAGGUGUGGGAGUUUAACCCGGAGACGAACAGCUAUGCGCAGCUGGGCGAGAAUCUCGUGGGCCAUAACGAUUGGGUGCGCGAUGUGGCGUGGUCGCCGACGGUGCUGUCGAAGGCGUAUAUCGCGUCGGCGUCGCAGGACAAGACGGUCCGCAUCUGGACCAGCGCGAAUCCGGAUCUACGCGAAUGGAAGUCCACCGUCCUCAACGUCGAAGCCGUCGCCUGGCGCGUCAGCUGGAGCCUCAGCGGCAACGUCCUCGCCGUCAGCACGGGCGACAACCGGGUCAGCCUGUGGAAGGAGCGGCUGAGCGGCGGAUGGGAGUGCGUGAAGACGAUCGAGGAGUAA